GUCUGCGCGCGUCUCAGUCCUAAAAUCCACUUGGCAGAGUUCGGUAUUCGGUAUUCGGUCUGUGCCUCGACUCCGCGCGCAAUCAUACGCUGUUGCUGUAUGCCGUUCCAUUUAUAAUAACGAUACUUUUUUUAAUUUUUUAUAAUGCAACGCAGAACUAGUGUGUGGCUUAGAAGAAGUGAAUGCUAAGGCAACAAAACAAAAGAAAACCCAUGAUGUCGCGAAACAAAUGUGUGUGCAGGCGACGCGUCGCUGCCGACGUAUACAAACCUAGAGCUGUCGCGUUUUAUGUAAGAUCGCGUGCACAGGUGCCCCCAACACAGCGCCCACAACAAAUGUAAUACAUUGAAAAAAGAGCAGCAUUCACCGAGACGACAACGUCGCCGCCGACAUUGCAGUGAGAGUGAGUGGGAGCGGGAGCUACGUCGUUUAUACUGUCCAGCACACCACCCAAAUACAGCACUUAACGCUGCUGCUGACUUGUUUUUGUGUACACUUUUUUGUUGUCUUGUGUUCUACGUUCGUUUAUUUGUUGUUUUGACUGUGCGUAUGUCUUAGGUUUAUUGGCUGUGUAUGUGUGUUUUGUGUUUGCAUAGUGUUAAAAAUCAAAAUAGUUGAAGAAACUAAACGAAAAGGCCACGGCAAUAUGCUAUUAUUAACAAAAACAAGCAUUACCGUCGACGUCGUUGCCGCAAACAACAGAACGCUGCUGCCUCUGCCGUCGUCGCCGCCGUCGCAUGCAUAACUUUAAUUUUUUUAAUAUAUUGUUUUUAUUUUGAAUAAUGGAUCGUCGUGCAUUGAAGUUUAUGCAGAAAAGAGCGGACACAGAAAGCGAAACAACAACACCAGCAGCAGCCCCAGGAUCCUCUUCAGUACCAGCUCCAGCAGGAGGCGGCACACUACCUCUAAAGGAUAACUCGAAUAUUCGCGAAAAGCCGCUACACAACAGUAACAACAACAAUAACAGCUCCCAGCACCAGCAGCCACCCAGCAAGCAGCUCGAGCGGCCCCUGAAGUGCCUGGAAACGCUCGCACAGAAGGCGGGAAUCACCUUCGACGAGAAAUACGAUGUGUCCAGUCCCCCGCAUCCGGGUAUCGCCCAGCAGCCGUCAUCGACACCAGCCGCAGCCACAGUCACUGCCCAAGCCCAUCGCAACGGAGGAGCCAACACAGGCGCUGGAACACCCCCCACUGCACGUCGUCACGCACACACACCGGUCACGCCGAACACCCCAAGCACCCCGAACACUCCAAACACUCACAACAGCAACCCACAGCAAUCCCGACACAGCGGCAGCAGCCACACCAUGGAGAAGUCACAGAGCCCCGCCCAACAGGUGGCGUCCGCCACGUCGGUGCCCCUGCAGAUCUCACCGGAGCAGCUGCAGCAGUUCUACGCGAGCAACCCGUAUGCCAUCCAGGUGAAGCAGGAGUUCCCCACGCACACGGCGGGCACCACCACCACGGAACUGAAGCAUGCGACGGGUUUGCUGGACGCCAGCCAGGCAAGCCAGUUGCAGCUCCAACAGCUCCAGCAGCUGACGGCGGCGGCAGCCGAUGCAGCCGGGGGAAACGGUUCUGCGGGUGGUGGGGGAGGGACCCAGGGCGGAGGCGCACCCAGUCCGGCGAACCAGCAGGGACAGCAACAGCAACAGCACUCGACGGCCAUUAGUACGAUGUCGCCGAUGCAGCUGGCGGCAGCCACCGGCGGAGUGACUGGUGACUGGUCACAGGGUCGGACGGUGCAGCUGAUGCAGCCUUCGACGGGGUUUAUCUACCCGCCAAUGAUGAUCUCCGGCAACCUGCUGCACUCCGCGGGCAUCGGCCAGCAGCCCAUACAAGUGAUCACCGCCGGGAAGCCGUUCCAGGGUAACACCCCCCAGAUGAUCACCACUACCACACAGAACGCCAAGCAGAUGAUCGGGGGGCAGGGCGGGUUCGCAGGCGGCACCUACGCCAUCCCUUCCAGCCAGUCCCCGCAGACGUUGCUCAUCUCACCCGUCAACGUCAUCUCCCACUCGCCGCAGCAGCAGCAGAGCAUUCUUCAGUCGAUGGUCGCCCAGCAACAGCAGCAACAGCAACAGCUCAACGCUCAGCAGCAGCAGCAGCUGACAGCGGCGGCAGCGGCUCAGCAGGCGGUGGCCAUGGCCAAGGCGGGUGUGGGAGUGGGAGCUGAUGCCCAGGGCAAGAUGCAGGCACAGAAGGUGGUCCAGAAGGUGACGACCACCACUAACACGGUGCAGGCAGCCUCGGCAGGCGCUGGCGGGGCACAGGCGCAGCAGCAACAGCAACAACAGACCACCACCCAACAGUGUGUCCAGGUCUCGCAGUCGACAUUGCCCGGCGUAGGAGUGGGUGUGGGCGGGCAGCUGCUGAAUCCGCUGGGCGGGUCGGGCGCGGGCCAGGGCCAGCAGAUGCUCGGUUCCUGGUUCUGGCAGAACGGCCUGCAGCCCUUCGGCUCGAACUCCAUUAUACUGCGUGGCCCGCCGGACGGCACUCAGGGCAUGUUUAUCCAGCAGCAGCCAACCACGCAGACACUCCAGACGCAGCAGAACCAGAUCAUCCAGUGCAAUGUAACCCAGACACCGACCAAGCCUCGCACCCAACUGGAAGCUCUGGCCACCAAGCAACAGCAGCAACAGCAGCAACAACGCCAGGCGCAGCAGCAACAACAGCAACAGCUAGCGGUAGCCACAGCUCAACUGCAGCAGCAGCAGCAGCAGCAGCAGCAGCAGCAGCAGCAGCAGCAGCAGCAACAGCAGCAGCUGACGGCCCUUCAGCGGCCUGGAGCGCCGAUUAUGCCACACAACGGAACCCAGGUGCGCCCGGCUAGCUCCGUGUCCACGCAGACGGCGCAAAACCAGAACCUGCUCAAGGCCAAGAUGCGGAACAAGCAGCAGCCAGUCCGUCCGGCGUUGCCGGCCCUCAAGACGGAGAACGGACAGGUGGUGGCGGUUGGUGCGGUGCAGAGCAAGUCAGUGGGGCAACACAUGGCUGCCAUCCAGCAGCAGCACCAGCAGCACCAACAGCAGGCGAACCUCCACCAGGUGGUCACCACAGCGGGAAACAAGAUGGUCGUCAUGAGCACGGGCACGCCCAUAACCCUGCAAAAUGGUCAGACUCUGCACGCAGCAACAGCGGCCGGAGUGGACAAGCAGCAGCAACAGCAGCAGCAGCUGCAGCUUAUGCACAAGCAGCAGUUCCUACAGCAGCAAAUGUUCCAACAGCAGAUAGCCGCCAUCCAGCAGCAGCAACAGCAACAAGUCGCCCAGCAGCAGCAACAACAACAACAGCAGCAGGAUCAGCGGCAACAGGUGGCACAGGCUCAGGCCCAAGCUCAGGUUCAGGCUCAGCAACAGCAGCAGCAGCAGGCAUUGGCGCAGCAGAUACUGCAGGUGGCGCCAAACACCUUCAUCACCUCCCACCAACAGCAGCAGCAGCAGCUCCACAACCAACUGCUGCAGCAGCAGCUCCAGCAGCAGGCGCAGGCCCAAGUGCAAGCUCAGGUUCAAGCUCAGGCACAGGCACAGGCCCAGCAGCAACAGCAACAGCAGCAACAACAGCGGGAGCAGCAGCAGCAGAACAUAAUCCAACAAAUUGUGGUACAGCAGGCGGCUGGGGCGGGUCAACAGCAGCAGCCACAGCAACAGCAGCAGCAGACGCAGCCAGGACAAUUGCAGCUGAGCAGCGUCCCCUUCUCGGUGUCCUCGACCACGACGCCCGCAGGAAUAGCCACCUCGAGUGCCCUCCAGGCCGCUCUCUCCGCCUCCGCCUCCGGCGCCAUCUUCCAGACGGCCAAGUCGACCAGCAGCAGCUCUUCCCUGCCCACCAGCAGCGUGGUGACUAUAACAAACCACACAACGGGUCCCCUAGUCACCAGCAGCACAAUGGCAGCCAGCCUUCACCAAGCCCAGCUCCAACAGCAGCAGCAACACCAACAGCACUUCCAACAGCAACACCAACAGCAGCACCAACAACAGCAGCAGCAACAUCAGUUAAUCUCCGCCAGCAUUGCAGCAGCCACACAGCAACAGCAGCAGCAGGGACCACCCGCUCUGGCGGCUGCAUCGUCCUCACCCGCCACGAACCCCAUCAUGGCUAUGACGUCCAUGAUGAACGCCACGGUUGGGCCUGUCACCAGCAGCGCAGUGACACCAUCUCCUGCAACACUGGUCGCGUUCAGCGCUGGCAGUGGAGCCAGUCACCCGGCGACACCCACCAAGGAGGCGACGCUGAAGAUGCCCACCCCCUCCGCCACCCUGGUGCCCAUUGGGUCCCCUCUAAACAACAGUGCCGUUGGCCAGGAUCACCACCCAUCCUCCGUCAACACCACCCCCAGGUCCGCUGGAAGCGCCAGUGCCCCGGCGGAGCCCAGUAGCUCAACCAGCGACUCGAGGGUAAAUGAAGAGGCCUCGGAGGCGUCUCACAGCAACAGCACGACCCCCACCACGCCUACGAGGCCCACCAUCAGCACGCCCACUACAAGGCAGAGCAAUGUGGUGCUGCCCACGAGUAGCUGCAGCACCACUAGCUCCUCCACCCCCCCGCACAGUGGGAAGGAUGAGGGCAAGGGCGGAGCGAGCACAGCCACCAGCACCACCGGCGCACCUUCAACGCCGACAACGACGAUAGUUGGCAACGGGAUUGGGAUAGCCACCCUGGCCAGAGCAGCGAGUACCACUGCGACCUCUACCACCACCACGAGCACCAGCAGCAGUACGACUACACCUACAACCACAACGAGCAUCAGCAAUGGGAGCAGCAACGCGGCGGGGAAAGAUCUGCCGAAAGCCAUGAUUAAGCCUAAUGUGCUCACUCAUGUCAUCGACGGAUUCAUCAUCCAAGAGGCCAACGAGCCCUUUCCUGUAACGAGGCAGCGCUACGCAGACAAGGACACCAGCGACGAGCCGCCAAAGAAAAAGACUGCCAUGCAGGAGGACGCGAAGCUGUGCGGAAUAGCCACUGCAACGCCAACCACAACCACAACCCAAACAGCAGCUGCUAAUGCGGCGGGUCUACCCACGGACAUGGUGGCCUGCGAGCAGUGUGGCAAGCUGGAGCACAAGGCGAAGCUCAAACGGAAGCGCUUCUGCUCCCCAGGAUGCGCUAGGCAGGCGAAGACUUGCGUUGCAGGCAUUGGAGCUGCAGCUGCAGCUGGAGGCGGACUGGGAGAGAGCAAUGGAAUGGGAAUGGAUAUGGAAAUGGGAGGAAUUGUGGGAGUGGAUGCCAUGGCUCUGGUGGACAAACUGGACGAGGCUAUGGCCGAGGAGAAGAUGCAGAUGCAGACGGACGCCUUGCAGGCGCUGCAGCCCGAUCCGAUUCCGAUGUCGACCACCACGGAGGUGCCACUGGUGUCUCUUCCUGUCCUGCCAGUCAUGGCAGCCACCCCCGUUCCAGUUCCUCCCUUAGUUGCAGUCGCACUGGCAGUCCCCACUCCUGUGACCCUGCCUGCGGCUCCGUCUCCAGCUCCCACCCCACCUGCGGCAGCAGUGGCGCCCCAGCCACCUGUACCAACACCAACAUCCUCUUCGACCGCAGGCGAGCGUUCGCCCAUUUGCAACUGGAGCGUGGAGGAGGUCGCUGACUUCAUACGGAACCUGCCCGGCUGCCAAGACUAUGUGGAUGACUUUGUCCAGCAGGAGAUCGACGGCCAGGCGCUGCUGCUGCUAAAGGAGAAUCACCUGGUGAAUGCCAUGGGGAUGAAGCUGGGUCCCGCCCUCAAGAUUGUGGCCAAGGUGGAGUCCAUGAAGGAGGUGGUGCCGGCGCCGGGCUCUGGCGAAGUCAAGGAGGCGACGGCAGCGGGAGGAGCUCAAUAAUAUCAGCAUCGGCCUGAUGCUCCAGCCUAUGCCGAUGACGAGGGGAUUCCCAUGCCCUCCUACUCGACAUCCCCGCCACCAUUUUCGCUCCUCCAUCUCCGGCUUACAUACGGAUCGUGGCAAUAGAGGUAAUUGUUAGAGGCAACUGGCUGCCGCAGCAGCCGCACUGCGCUCGGUCAAUGAUCACAUUCACCGAGUACGAGUUCAUGGAAUGGUAACGAACGAUAACAUAAUAAUACUAUGUUGAAAGGCCGCCACAUGUAUGAUAGAGCGUAGACUUGGUUGCUGAUCACUCGGAGGGUGUCCAUGGUCCGUGGCCCCUUCGCAGCCAGCGACUCCUUGUUCAAAUUGUACAUACAGAUUUACUCGAUCUAAAACUUAAUUAUAGGCAUAGGCAUAAAUUAUUUAACAAUUGUAAAUUGUUUCUCAGAAAAGGGUAUUAUUACACUGAACCUAGGAUUAGCUACGAAUAAUGUUUAAUAUCAGCGCAUAAGUCCGGAACCGAUUUGAGCAUUGCAAUUGAACAAUUAACUAUUAAUAGUUUGUAUUUCAACUCCAUACAUAAUAAUUAACUUAAUAAUUAAUUAGAUAGUUAGGAUCGGUGAAACAGUUGAGAACAGGGACCGUAGCGAUUGUAAGUCGAGACUUACACGGUAAUGGCAUUCAUGAUGAAUGAAUCUUAUGAAUUUUUGUUGCAGGAAAGAUAUGGUAUAUAUAGUAUAACUUUGUAGAGCAGAAACUCAAUCUUUUAAUAUAUAGCUCCUAACAUAUAGUAUUUUCUAUAGUCGUAUCCUAUAUAGCAAUCAGAUAUUGACCAAAUAUGCUUAAGUUUUACAAAAUGUUAUUAGGAUACGAUUAUUAUUACAUACUUAAAGAGGGUAGAUAUGCCUGGAAUGUUUAUCAUUUAUAAGCCACUGCAAAACAAAUGUACAAUAUAUAUAUAUACAUAUGUAUAUAUAUAAUUUUAAAAUAUUUAUUUAUGAGAUCGGAAAUGGUAAAAUAACUUAAUAACAUAUGAAAUAUUAUUUCUUGACUUUUAUUAGUUUCUUCAAGAAAUAAUGAUGGUUGUAAGUUGUAAGCCCACACAUAGCAUAAUCAUUGUCAACGUCCGAUUAGGACUUUGGAAUAGGAAUCUAUGAGAAGACUGAUAUUUGAUAGUAAAACUUCUGAAACCCAUUUUCAAGUAAAGCCAACAUUUCAUCAAACAUUGUAAAUAUAACUGAUAAUAUAUCUGAGAGCGAGAAUUGUGCACGCCGAAGCGUACCUCUCUGCCCUAAAAUUUGUGUAAACGGAUCUGGUAGGUAACUUCGCCUUAAAAAAUGGAUCUUGCAGGUUCUAUUAGGUAUUAUGUACACUUUAUGAUACUUAUAUGAAGUUAUAUCAAUCUUCGCAUAGAUCCCUGUGAAACUGUCAUUAUCAAGAACUAGUCGCUUGCAUUCGGAAAAUAAAUAAUUGUUAAGUGAAAUGGUAAAACACCCAAGCCAUAUGCAUUGUUAAAUCGAAAAUUUAAAUAUUUUGUAUUGCAAAACUAGAAAUAAUCAUUAUAUACGGUCCCUGGUUCAGAGUCCACUCUGAAGCAUCAAAUCUUGAAAUCAUCUACAUAAUUGUAAAUUCUAGUAUUUUGCUAGCUCUUUUUUCAAUGCCUAAUGAUAAGUAUUUUUUUUGUACAACAUUUUUUUUUGCUAUUGCUGAAUAAAAUAAAAAAUUGCACUGUAAUAUAGUGUAAUACAUGUGAAUACGGAA